AUGACAGCAGACCAACCAACGAUUAUCGGUGAACUUGUAGUGGUGGCAUUGAAAGCGCGUGAUCUCCCCAACAUUGAAGUAGUUGGAAAGCAAGAUCCAUUCUGUGUCUUUCGCUUAGGAGAAAUAGCCAAGAGAACAAAGACAGAUUACCGUGGUGGCCAACAGCCUUUGUGGGAUGAUCAAGUGAACCUUCCUGUUCCAGAAAAGAAGACCAAGAUGUAUGUUCAAGUCUUUGAUGAAGAUUCCAAGCGCGAAGAUUUGAUCUGUGAGGGGGAGGUUGAUCUUUCGGAAGUGCUGCGUGAAGGCGAACAAGAUUCUUGGUUCCCAUUAAAGUAUCGAGGCAAGGAUUCAGGAAAGAUCUACUUGGAGUUGACAUUUUAUUCAGCUCGCCAACCACCAAAGCGCCAACCUACUCGCCUCUACAACAAGGCACGCCCACAACAUCUAUAUCAACGUGCUCAACAAAUGCAGCAACAAUCGCCUUAUCCUAAUCAUGGUAUGGUGCCACCUAUGCCUCAACAAUCAUCAUCCACACCUGUAACAGCAGCUGGUAAGCCAUCAGCCGGUCCACCCAUUUAUCGACCACCUCCACCACCAGGUGCAUAUCAACAAGAGCACAUUGUGAAACCACAUAUGCCUCCACGUAUGACUCCAUCCACAUCCACCAGUACCAAUGGCUCCAAUGGAGGCCUUUCAGCACCUUAUCCACCUCGUAUGACUCCUUCUGUAUCUACUGGUACUGCCAUGUCUCAUCACGGAUACCCACCCCAACAACAACAGCAACACUAUAGACCUCCUGGAGGAAGACCCGCUUCUUUUGGUGCAGCUCCAAUGGGUUUCCAUAUUCCUCAACAGCAACCACCAUCCACACCAGCAAUGCCAGGAUUGAGUUUCCCUGAACCACAAGCCAUGCCUGCAGGUGGAUUUGCUCCUCAUCCUAAUAAUAAUGGCCAACCUUUUGCCGCUCAUCAAGCACCUUAUCCACCACCCACUGGAACAGCUGGAUACCCACCCAUGGCAGCAGGAGGAUACCCACCACCCCAGCAAGGUUAUCCACCUUUUUAG